CACUCGUUGCGAUAUUUUUUCACAUAAACGUGAGCUUCAGCCUCUGCCUCUCGAUGGCCGGCCUCCACGCCGGCGCCUGGUGCAUCACCGUGCGUGCAGCAUCAGCUCCUUCCGUGGACGAGUCACAACCUGGCCCUCGCCAGACCAAGGUGGUACUCCCGAAGAAGAAGCCACUCAAAUGGUCCAGUGGCACCGCCCCGGGCGAGUACGGUGGGCCUCCGACCACCACCAAGCUCCGCCGCUACUGGGGAGGCUCCGAAAACGAGGACCCCGUCACCGCCACGGGCGAUUUCAUCUGGAACAAGGAUUUUCGCCCUCGCAUGGAACGCCUCCUCGUUGGGAAAGAAGCUCCUGAUCCAAUUCCAUUCAAAAAGGAGCAGAGGGAGGGGUUUCUGAGUCUCAAUCGAGCUAUGAGCCUCCAAAGUUUGGAAAUCGAUCUAAGCAAAGAACUCGCACCGCCACUGAAACCAGUGCUGGAGCAGCAGGUAGAAGCAGCCAGGUGUGGCCGCUCUGCCACUGAGGGUCUGAAUGGUGCUGCGUCCCCUAGGUGGAGGCUGGCUCCCACUCGGCGGGAGCAGGCAAAAUGGGAUCGGGCAACUAAGGCUGCCACUGGGGGAAGUGAUGUCAUUUUACGUGAGUCAAGAAAGGAAAGGGGGGACCCAAAGGUGUUGGCAGCUCAAUCUAGGGAGCAAUAUUUAAGUUUGAAACAGAGGUUGGAGAUUCUUACUGUCGGAAUUGGUGGCGUAGGUCUGGUUUCAGCAUAUGUGUCCUAUUCUCCUGAAAUUGCUGCAAGCUUUGGUACAGGGUUACUUGGCUCACUGGUGUACAUCCGCAUGCUUGGAAAUACUGUGGAUUCCAUGGCAGAUGGGGCAAAAGGACUUGUCAAGGGGGCAAUUGGACAACCAAGGCUUCUCGUUCCAGUCGCAUUGGUCAUGAUGUAUAACCGGUGGAAUGAGAUUUUGGUUCCCAAUCUUGGCUUUGUACACUUGGAGUUGAUACCAAUACUUGUUGGGUUCUUCACCUAUAAGAUCGCUACAUUUGUUCAAGCUAUCCAGGAAUCUCUUACUGUUGAAGGGAAGACUGAAGCCUAAACAUCAAUUUUACGCAUACUGGAGGCCUCAAUUAGUGUUCGCGUCAACAAUAUGCAGAAGAAAAGAUACUCAUGAACUUGGGGGAGGAAUAAGAGAGAUGGAUGAUCAUUGUGAACACUCACAGGAAGGUGUCGGCCCCUGGAUUUUCCUUUUCUCAUUGCGAACUGCUCCACAAGUUGACAGUUAUUAUUGAAGCAUGUGGAUCGCUCAUGCCACAUAGCUUCAGAUUGCAUUUCUGCAAUAAAAAGGUUGGUUUUUUUUUUUUUUUAAUUGUAGAAAAAAGAAUGCUGAACUGUUAUAAUAUGUAUUUACCUACCCAUAAUAAGAUUUAUGAAGUUGCAUGGAAACAGAGAAUUGUGGUCUUUGUAAA